ACAUAUCAGUACUUCAUAGUACACCAUCGAAUGCAAGCCUUCAAGAUAGAAUAAACAAUUUUUUUGUACGUUAUAAUACACAGUGUUUCGACAAUCCUUUAUUUUCCGUGUUUAUUUGAAUAGUUUCUUAUAAACAUAUAACGCCAUUCUACUACUUUAAGUUAAAAGAUCAACGGACUUUGGUAUUCGACAGCAUUCGUCAAGCAAAAUUCAAACAUUGAAACAGAUAUACGAUCAUAGUACGUCAAAUAUAAUUAUUGGACACAGAAGAAAAAAAGUAAAAAAAAAAAUGGACUUUCAGAAGGUCGUUCAUCAAAUACUGCUGUUGUUAUUUACCAUAGAAAUUUCUACGACGUUUGGUAACCAUGAAGAAGACUUGUUCGAAUUAACAUCAACCAGCGAUAGCCCGGGUUUGCAGUACGAACUCAUAGGUAAUGGUAGAGCUUGCGGAAGUAGUUGGACAGUAAACACAUAUAUGGAUUUAAAAUUUUUAAAUAACAGUCUUAGAAAUAUUAGACAAAUGUUAAACUCAAUUGAACUAAUUGCGUUCAAAGACAUUUCUAUAACUUUGUAUCAGUUAAAAAAACACGCGAACAGAUUGGAAAACGAGAUAGGUUUAAUUGUACAAAUGGGUAGACAUAACAAAAAAGUUAAGCGAUCUAUUGAGUUUGGGGGUACGGCAUUAAAAUGGAUGUUUGGAGUAGCCGAUGCUGACGAUGUACGAAGAUAUGAUAGUACGAUCGAUAAAUUAGAAAACAAUGAGAAAGAUGUUAUGCGUAUUGUUCAUGAUCAGAUAUCUAUACCAAAAAGCACAAUAAUUAAUUUUAAUGAUUCCGUUACAUCAUUUAUAACUGUAAAGUAGUGGAUAAAAUAUUUGUUUGUGGAUUUAAUGAAAUUAUACAUAAUUGUGACACGGACCCCACAUGUGUAACAGAAUUACUAAAAAAUUCUUUAACUAAACCACCUCAAUGUGAUACUUAUAUCUCUGAAUUCAAAACAGAAAUGUGGUAUCCCUCAUUUUUCAAAAAUCAUUGGUUUUUCGUAGUGAAAAACCCACUACAAUUACUAUAAUUUGUAAUAAACAGUCUUUCACUCAAAAAAUUAAAAUUAAAAGUUCUGGAAAGUUAUACUUGAAGUCUGGGUGUAUUGCUUACACCUCGAAAGGUGUACUAAAAACUGAACAAGUAUUAAAUCAAACAUAUUU